CCUCUUCCUCUUCAUCGCCUUGGCUCUCGCGUUCUCGGCCGUCCCGAUCCUCUCCGUGCUCCUGAUGCCCAUGGACGCAUUUUGGAUCCAGUUUCUCGCCACCUUCGUGCUCCUCCACCAAUCCGGGAUCUCCAGCGACCCCGUGAAGGUGAUCAGGGCCGUGGGUGAAUCCGUGACCUUCCACAGCCCCGGCACGGACGGGGAGUCAGCGCUGUGGAAAUUCGGGAACAAAUCCAUCGUGGCCGUGGACUUCGGGGACCCUCCUCAGACCAUUUUUUUGGGAGAAAAAUUCAAAUCCCGCUUCGGCGUCUCCGAGAGGGGCCGGGCGCUCAGGAUCUCCCGGCUGAGGGCGGAGGACGCCGGGAUCUACUCCGUGGAUAUCGAGGGGAAGGAAAGAUCCGCCUUCGCCCUCCAGGUGUUCAGGGAGCUGGUGGAGCCCACGGUGACCUGCGAGGCUCAGAACUGCUCGGGCCAGAGCUGCGACUUCUCCCUGCGCUGCUCCGCGCCCGGCGGCGGCUUCGGGGACGUCUCCUACAGCUGGGAAUGGGGGGAUCGGCGCUGGGAUCAGGGAUCCCUGGUGCUGCUGGUGAAUAAAUCAUCCUGGGACGAGCCGGAGCUGCUCACCUGCACGGCACGGAACGCCGUCAGCAGCCGGAACGUCACCGUCAGCACCCCCGGAGUGCUCUGCACCGGCGCCCUGAGGGGCAGCGGGGCCAGGAUCGGGAUCGGAGCCGGGAUCGGAGUCGCGCUGCUCCUCUUGGUUUUCCUCGUGUUCCUCUGGAGAUCCAAAGGCUGGAGGAAAUUCCACCUCUCCAAAUCCGAUCCUACGGACACAGCCGAGUACACGACGGUGUACGCCGAGGUGGGACCUGCCCAGCAGCGCAUCCCGAAUGGAAUUAAAGCCAAACCAGGGGACGGGGAACCUUCCAGAAGCGUUUAUGCCCUGGCCAAGCGUCCGGAGCAGGCAGGUGAGGGGACAGUGGAAAAUGUCAUCGUGACCGGGCUGGAGCUGGUCUAGAGGGACCUGGAGAUGGUUUAAAGGACCUGGAGAUGGUUUAAAGGACCUGGAGAUGGUUUAAAGGAACCUGGGACUGAU